AUGGGACCUCUUCCGGACUGGGACGUGGCUGAUGCAGGCGAGCACGCCCGACAGUCUCGAGCUUCUGCCUCAGUCAGGCCUGUCCCUACCUCUUCACCACGGACAAAGGCCCGCUGGCACGGCAAGCAGCGUUUGAGUGACAGAGACGCCGCUGCGAAUGAUGUGGAUUUGGUCGGGAGCGAUGAGGUCGGCAGGAUGAAAAGAGUGGGUAGAAGUAUGGGCGUGAUCUUGAGGAGACACAUGUACUUUGUCGGGCCUGGAAUCAUGAGCUCGGUAGCCUUCAUGGAUUUGUCGGCAGGUGCUCAGUACGGCUACAAGUUGCUCUUCGUCAUCCUUCUCUCUUCCGUCAUGGGCAUUUUGCUGCAAGUGCUGGCAGUGCGCAUGGGCGCAGUCGUUGGUGUCGAUCUCGCCAGAGCCACUAGGCUGUGGCUUCUGCCAGAGGAAAGAGACAAGGAAUUGAGCUUAUACAGGGACGGGCUGGACGACACGGCCGCGGCGGAGCGGGCUGCUCUAAGCAUUGAUCAGAGAAAGCCUUGGCGAAAAUGCAGAUUGGGACUCCUCUGGUUGCUUUACAUUGUUGCGGAGGGUGCCAUCAUCGCUACCGAGCUUGCCGAACUCGUAGGAAGCGCCAUCGCACUGAACUUGCUGUUUCCUGCCCUGCCAAUCUGGGCGGGCACGCUCAUCACCAGCGUCGACGUCUUUCUGAUUCUCCUCAUCUACCGAGAAGGCGCAUCUAUGCGCGCAUUCGAGCUGCUCAUUGCUAUCCUCGUCUUCAUCGUCAUGGGCUGCUUCAUCGUUCUGCUCGUUCGUGUAAAUGCCGACUGGGGAGAUGUCUUCUACGGGUUCGUGCCGUCCAGCACCUUGGUGGAGAAGGAUGCUCUUUAUAUUGGCGUUGGUAUCGUCGGUGCUACCGUCAUGCCGCACGCGCUCUUCAAUGCAAGCCAAUGGGCCACCGUAGACCGUCUGUUGACGCGCAAGGUCAACGCUGAGGCUGAAGGUCUGCCCGCUCCACGAGACAGUACAAACGAGCCCCGAGACAGCGCAGACGGCCAAUCUGUCCAGGAACGCAUGGGCGACCAUGACAGCAGGGGUACGGCUACUCAGGAUCCGAAAGAUGUGUCCAAGUACUUGCCAAAGUCCUUGGUUCGCUUAAGAUCUCGAGCUCAUGCCAUGGCGGAGCGCUUUCCCACCUUCAGCUUGGGCGGACCAGCCAUCCCUUCGCCCGAGAGCCACUCGCAUCGAGCUCCUCCUUCGGUCGCGAAUAUCAAGAUACACCUGGCACAUGCGACUGUCGACAUUGUCUUGUCCUUGCUCAUCUUCGCUCUAGUCGUCAACGCUGCCAUUCUGAUCGUCGCCGCCGCCGCUUUCUACUAUGGCGGCAAUCGCGAGGAAGUCGGCGAUUUGUUUCAGGCGUUUGCGCUGAUCAAAUCGACAGUCGGUCACACAUCUGCCAUCCUAUUCGCUGUCGCCUUGCUGGCAGCUGGACAAUCUGCAAGUCUGACGGUGACACUGGCAGGCCAACUCAUCUCCGAGGGUUUCAUCCGGUGGACCACCAAUCCUUUCGUCAGGAGAGCAUUGACGAGAGGCAUUGCUCUCAUCCCUUCUUUCACAGUCGCUGCAGCUGUCGGCCGAAGCGGACUGGAUCGGAUGCUCGUGGCGAGUCAAGUAGCCUUGUCCAUGGCGCUCCCUUUCGUCCUCGUGCCCCUCCUUGUCGUCACUGGCAGUCGCUCUUGGAUGACGGUGCAGGAGUUGCCGCUUUCGGAGCACGAAGCGAAUGUGCAACAGGACACCGUUCAUGAUGUUUCAGCACACGCCAAGAAGCCAGACGACGCAAAGGUCGCGGAUGACUCGCACGCCGCCAAUGAUUCGCGCAUCGCGGGAGGACCUGCAUCCGCGCCUGAAGCUGUGAUGCCUUCAUCGUCGACUGAGCCGCCAGUGAACGCCGCUGCUGAAGCGUUGGCUGCAACCGGAUCUGCGGUUGCAGACGAAGGACCACGCAUCGGUCGAUUCGCCAAUCAUUGGUCGGUCAUCAUCUUUGGUUGGUUGCUUUACGGCUUGAUCCUCAUCUGCGAUGGCUUCGUCAUCGUCACUUCUGCCAUGGGCGAUGACUGA